GUGGUGGUGGGGGUGCGCACGGCGUGUUUACCUUGUUGUGCCGUUUGCGUUCUUACUUGUCGCGAGUUACUUUUAAUUCUUUUAACUGGAAGACAUUGAUUUUAACGUUGUUCUCGAAGAGGCGACAUUCGAAACGGCUCCCAGCUAUCCACAACUACGUCUAGUGUCGUUUUGAACGUGUCGAAAUGAAAUUUUUCUUACAGCAACCGUUAGAUCGCCUGCCACGACUGCUUGGUUAUUUGUCUAGCAAGCAGAAAGGAUACAUACAUGCAUUGCCUCAAAGACGGCAUAGUUCCAUCAUCCGCCAAAGUUCAAUGAAUCAUGAGUUCAUUGAUGUCUCAGAUGAAGUUCGAUGUGCACUUUUAGAGAAGAAACCAAUAGUAACACUUGAAUCCGCCAUUAUCACUCAUGGAAUGCCACAUCCUACUAAUGUUGAGACAGCCUUUCAAGUUCAAAACAUCGUUCGCCAAAAUGGAGCAACUCCUGCUACUAUUGCCAUUGUUAAAGGAAGGAUCAAAGUUGGUAUAGAUGAUGAGACACUCCUUCAUCUUGGAGAAGUGAAAGAAAAUACUUACAAGACUUCAUAUCGUGACUUGCCUUUUGUGCUGUCUCAGAAAAUGAAUGGAGGCACUACUGUUUCAACUACACUUGCUGUUUCUAACUCUAUUGGAGUUCCAGUAAUGGUGACGGGUGGUAUUGGAGGAGUUCACAGAGGUGGAGAGACUACUAUGGAUGUCAGUGCUGACCUUAUUGAACUUGGCUGCACACCUGUUGGUGUUGUUUGCAGUGGUGCUAAAAGUAUUCUUGAUAUAGAAAGGACUUUGGAAUACUUGGAAACCCAAGGAGUCUUGGUUGCCACAUUUGGUUCUAAUAAGGACUUUCCUGCUUUCUACUCAAGAAAGAGCGGGUUCUCUUCUCCUUACAAUGUUAAAACCACAGAAGAGGCUGCAAAGUUGCUUGACAUAAUGAGGCACAGUGAACUCAGAAGUGGAAUUGUUAUUGCUGUACCAGUACCUGAGAGUAAUUCUAUUCCAAGUGAUGAAAUGGAAGACAUAAUUAAGAAUGCUGUUCAAGAGGCCAAUCAGAAAGGAAUUAAGGGGAAGGAUAUUACUCCAUAUAUACUUAGUCACGUUGCCAAAAGCACUGAGGGCCGCUCACUGAGUACAAAUGUUGCUCUCAUUCAAAACAAUGCUGCUGUUGGGGCAAAGAUAGCUGUUGACCUCUCUGAACUUUGUCUCACAAGGUCUACUCAUAAUACAAUGCCAAGGGGAAAUGGACCAACAGAGAAGAAACCAAAUGUUGUUGUGAUUGGGGGUGCAGUUGUGGACCACAUCACUAAGCUUUCCGAGCCAUAUAAGGCGGACGGCCGGUCGCACCUCGCACACAUCGUGCAGUCUGGCGGUGGCGUGGGCCGCAACAUGGCGGACGCCCUGGGUCGGCUGGGCGCGUGGCCGCUGCUCGUCAGCGCCGUCGGCGACGACCUCGCGGGGCUCUACAUUCGCAGGGACACCCUGGCGCACCUGGACACGUCGGGCGUGCGUGUGGUCCCCGGUGGUCGGACGGCCGUCUACACCUUGCUUCUGACCUCCGAGGGCGACUGCCACACCGGGGCUGGUGACAUGGAGAUCCUCGGCAACAUCUCGACGGACAUGGUGCAGUGUCAUAAAACAACCUUAGCAUCAAGCGCCCUGGUUGUCCUGGAUGGUAAUGUGCCAGUGGAGACGAUCAACUAUGUUCUGCAGCAGUGUCAUGCAUCACAAGUUCCAGUCUGGUUCGAGCCUACAGAUAUUCACAAAGCUGCAAAGCCUCUUCAGACGGACAGCUGGAUGACUAUAGACUUUGUAUCACCCAACUUCAAUGAGCUGAGCAUUAUGUGCAAAGCUUUAAGCAGUGACAAAUGUCACUUUUUUGAUUACCUUGAUCUUUCGGAUGAAGAUGUUGUAAAAGAAGCGCAGUACCUUGCUUCAUUGCUUGGUGAGCAUGUACGCACAGUCAUAGCAACUCUAGGACAUCGGGGAAUAGUUAUAUGUCGCAGAGAAGAUGCUGAUGAGCCAUUCUUUCUAAUUAGUUCUGACGGUCACGCCAAAAGGCUACCCCACCAAUCAUCAAGAUCACUUCAAGCACGAUUCUACCCUGCACCUGUAUGUCAACCUGUCAGUGUAUCUGGAGCGGGUGACUGUUGGAAUGCUGGGUUUAUAUCUGCAGCAUUGCAAGGGAAAACGGAGAUCAGUUGUGUAAAAGCAGGCUUUAGUGCUGCCCUGUGCUCUUUAGCUGCUACCUCAGCUGUGCCUCUUAACUUGGAAAUAACACAGAAGCAGAGAUGAUGCAUGUGAGCGUAUAGUUUAUGAAAUUGAAAAAAUUGACAUCUGCUGUACCAGUUAUGCGUGUCUUCCCUGAUGAUAAUUCUUUGUACCUCACUUUAAUUAAAUAAUUUUGGAAACCGUGCCAUGAAAUGCUGGUGGGAAAUGCUCUCUAAAAUGUUAAGAAUAACUCUGAAUAUGUGCAUGUACAGACUUUUAUAAUUUUAUAAUAAAUUAACUUUUUAGAAAAUUUA